GGAUGUUGCUCUUUAUUCCAGAUUCCCUAGCCUUUUUGUCCAUCCUACCUGUUCAUCUUAUUCCCCAUCUCUUGCAUAUCUUCAAUUGCCAGAUUCCCAUUUAAAUAAAAGAUUUAUGAAGAACUGUGGAAGCAAGAAGUACUCCCAUUCUAGCCAGUCAGGCAAUAGAGUACUUGACUUACAAACUAGAAUAAUACAAAAGCUACACACAUCAACAUGCUGGCUUCAGGAGGUCCCUGGUAAACCUCAGCCAGAGCAAACCACAGAACAGCCACAGGUGACAAGCCCUCAGCCCACAAAAGAAACUGGCAUGAAGAUUAAGGAAGUAAAGCGAUCUUAUAGACAGAUAAUCCUGGAUGAACUUAAAUAUUAUUACAAUGGAUUCCACUUGCUUUGGAUUGACACCAAAGUUGCUGCCAGAAUGGUUUGGAGGCUGUUGCAUGGACAGGUGCUGACCAGACGAGAGAGACGAAGGCUGCUGAGAACUUGCGCUGAUCUCUUCCGGCUGCUUCCAUUUCUGGUGUUCAUAAUUGUACCCUUUAUGGAAUUCUUAUUACCACUGUUUCUGAAACUCUUCCCAGAAAUGUUGCCAUCAACUUUUGAAAGUGAAUCCAAGAAGGAAGAAAAACAGAAAAAGAAAAUGGCUGCAAAAUUGGAACUAGCAAAAUUUCUUCAAGAAACAGUUACAGAAAUGGCAAGGAGGAACAGAGCCAAGUUGGGAGAUGCCUCUACACGGUUCUCAUCCUACGUAAAACAGGUCCAGACAGGCCACAAGCCCAGCACAAAGGAGAUCGUUGGCUUUUCCAAGCUGUUUGAGGAUGAGCUGACCCUGGAGCACUUAGAUCGACCUCAGCUGGUCGCCCUUUGCAAACUGCUAGAAUUGCAGGCCUUUGGAACCAACAAUUUGCUCCGCUUUCAGCUCCUGAUGAAACUGAAGUCUAUAAAAGAAGAUGAUGAAGUGAUUGCCAAAGAAGGGGUGAGUGCCCUGAGUGUGUCAGAACUCCAGGCUGCCUGCAGGGCCCGAGGAAUGAGGUCACUGGGUCUCACUGAGGAACAGCUGAGACAACAGCUCACAGAGUGGCAGGACCUCCACCUGAAGGAGAAUGUCCCUCCUUCUCUUUUGCUCCUAUCACGUACUUUCUACCUCAUAGACGUGAAGCCAAAGCCAAUUGAGAUACCCUCAAGUGUGGAGGUUCCAAAGUCUGAUAUUCCUGUAGGAUCAUCUGCUUCCCCUGAAUCUAAAGAGAACACGAUGGAUUUUGUGCCUCAACUGAAGGAAACUAAGGAUGAAGAAUUUGUACAACUGCCUCCAGUUACCGCAUCAUCACCGGUAACACCACUGACACCCAUCUCAUUACCUAAAGAGUCCAUCUCUUCUUCAAAAGAAACUACACUCCAGGCCAACUCACAAAAUACAUCCCAGAACAGCAAGGCUAAUUCAAAAGGAGCCUAAAGACCACUUGAGGAUGAAGCUUACUCCAGCUUCCUGCCUACAGCAGUGGCGCCUUCAUGAAGGACAUCCCAGCUAAGACUGUGUCUGGUUUGAGAUAUGUGCUCAGCCAUUUAGUCCUUGGAGCAAUCCUUUGAGGCCUUGUCACCAUGUAGCAGUGAGACCAAGUUCAGACCAUUUAGAGAAACAUAGUUGCAAAGUUCAUUCCCUCUGUAACACUGUCACCUACUAAGCUUUACCUACUAUACAUGUAUAAAGCCAGCCCUCCCCGCAAUUGUUUUUGAACAGCUUCGUAUUUGUGCACGUGUCCUUUAAGGGAGGAACGUUUUUACAUAAUGGA